AUGGCGGAUCCAGCCGGCAGCAACAAGCUGGAUCAAUCCGAGCUCCUUCACACUCCAAGGCACGUUGGCAGCGCUGACCCAGGCACGAACACGUACCUCAUUAUGCCGCCGUGUGACUGGAACUUUGAGGAUCGCGAGACGCUCCUUCCAGUCAUGCUGGUAGAUACAGGCGAUGCUAGAGAAGACUAUGUGCCCUUCCUAGAGCAAGUGCUGCGCGGCAACCUAUCGAUGCUUGACGAGGGCAAUGGGCCAGUGCGCCUCGCCCUCACCGAUAUGCUCCGUCGCGAGGCCGCGCCCCAUGUGCAGAUCCCCGUACCGCGUGUGCACAAGUUUCCUGACCCGCGUACGGACGCGAGCUUUUUUGAGCGGGUGCGCUAUGUGCCGCCGGGGGCGUAUGUGCCUGCUCCUUCGAAGCAGGGGUGGGAGAGCGUCAUGUGGCCCCUGCGGGACCAAGUGUCGGUGGCCGUGGUGGACCCCGAGAACCCGCGUCUCGUGUCGACUCUGCGGGCUUUGUACACACCUGGGCAUGCAGCAGAUCACGUCAUGUUCCUGCUGGAAGAGGACCAUAUCCUGCUCACCGGCGACAAUGUGCUGGGCCGCGGAUCGACGGUGUUCGAGGACCUCAUCCUGUACAUGCACAGCCUCCAGCGCGGUCUGGACGUAUUGUCGAGCCGCAGUGCCACGCCCCUGGGCGUUGUCGGCACACCCAUAUCAGGCAUGGCGGGUGAGAAUGUGCUGUUUCCCGGGCAUGGCGAAGUGGUACCGAAGGGGAAAGACACGCUGCGGCGCUACAUCCAGCACCGCCUCGAUCGUGAGGAGCAGCUGAUUGCGCUCUUUGCCUGCCGGCCUGGCGAAAAGAAAGAUGUGAUGCAGGCCAUCGCUUAUCCAGAGAAAUUCGUGGCGCGACUGCGCUGCCAUCAAGCGGCCCGCUACGCAUGGACACUGAGGCAGUUCGUGAGCGCCCUCUAUGAGAACUACUCGCUCAAAAUGUUCCCGGCCGUCGCUCGCGUGCUGCUCUUGCACCUGCAAAAAUUGGCUACGUCACCGCAUCAGCUCAAGGCGGCGCCGUUCCCGACGCGCGAGGCGGUCCCUUCUAUCGAAUGGCACGCACUGGGGCCUCUCGUGCGGUGCAUGCAUCUGCCCAAGUACCAGUAUUCGGGCAUGCCAUGGCCAGACUUGCCACGCUCCGAAGACGAGUGGCGAGAAGUCUGGGACCUUCCCUGGCAGUUGACCGCAACGUAG